AGCUCUGCUCUGCCUUGUGGGCGUUGUAGUCUUUCCUCUUGCACAUGCCUGGGCUGCAAUAAGGAACUGGACUCUAACUCCCAUAGUUCCCAUUAGAUUAUACCGCACAGGCUCAGAGUCCAUAUGCCCGGAGUGGGUGGCUACAUUGUGUCUAUUGUAUGGGUUGAUUUUUGUUUUGUUUUGUUUUUUGGGGCUGGCAUUUUGUACAUCACGGGAGGUUUAAAUUGGAGUGAAAAGCAUGGCUGAUGAGCAAGAAAUCAUGUGCAAACUGGAGAGCAUCAAAGAGAUCAGGAAUAAGACUUUGCAGAUGGAAAAGAUUAAGGCACGCCUGAAGGCAGAGUUUGAAGCCCUGGAAUCGGAGGAGAGGCACCUGAAGGAAUACAAGCAGGAGAUGGACCUUCUGCUGCAGGAAAAGAUGGCCCACGUGGAGGAGCUGCGCCUGAUCCAUGCUGACAUAAAUGUGAUGGAGAACACCAUCAAGCAGUCUGAGAAUGACCUCAACAAGCUCUUGGAGUCCACUCGACGCCUGCAUGAAGAGUACAAGCCCCUGAAGGAGCACGUAGAUGCCCUGCGGAUGACUCUGGGCUUGCAGAGGCUGCCAGAUCUGUGUGAGGAGGAAGAGAAACUCUCUCUUGAUUACUUUGAAAAGCAAAAAGCUGAAUGGCAGACAGAACCACAAGAACCUCCCAUUCCAGAAUCUCUGGCUGCAGCUGCAGCUGCUGCCCAACAGCUACAAGUGGCUAGGAAACAGGACACCAGACAGACAGCAACUUUCAGACAACAGCCACCUCCAAUGAAGGCCUGUUUAUCAUGUCACCAGCAAAUUCAUCGGAACGCACCGAUAUGUCCACUCUGCAAAGCAAAGAGCCGGUCUCGGAAUCCCAAAAAACCCAAGAGGAAACAGGAUGAGUGAAACACGGAAAAUCCAUGGAGAAAACCUGUGACCCAUCCUAAUCUCUUUCCAGUAGAACUGUAAAUGUGGCCAGUUUAUUGAAGUGCAGACUUAAGUAUGACUUACCCAUUGUUUUCUAGUUAAUGUGACGUAAGCACAAUGUUUCUGUUCCGUCUUAAUUUCCAUCCAGUCCUCACAUUUUGGUUUUAGGAGAAGUGUUGAUGGUGCUACACUUUAACAUUUUAGUCAUUCCAUCUUUCUGACUCCUAAGCCAAGUGGAGCUUCUAAUGCAAGUAGUCUGAAUGCCGAUGAUCACUUUGUAUGAUCCCUCCUGUGAAAAUAUAUUUGAGGAUACAUGUUUCAUAGUUAAAUACAUUAGACCUAAAGUACCGGUACUGUACUUGCCAAAAUGUCCCUGUGUUCUUCUAUUGCUACACUGUUUGCCAUUCAGUAUCUUUUGGUAAAAAGCAGGCACUGUCUAUAAAACCAGAAUAUUCUUAA